UUGUUUUUGUUUUCGUUGAGAGCGGUUAUGUUACGGCCGGUCGUCGAUAAUUUCGUUUUUAAAAAUCCAGAUAAAUAACAAAAUAGUUUAAUAAAAUUGUUGUUAAAAACGACAAGUGACGUGAGAGCUGAAAUAACGGAAUUUGAAAAAAAGCGACUGUUUUCCUGGUCGUCAGCCAAGAAGAAAAGUGCGCAAAUUGCAACAAAUACGGAAGCAGGCAGAAAAGAAGAACAACAACAAGAAGAACGGGCAACGGGCGGCUAUUGUUGUUUUAUUUCAUUACCGUGGCUCGGUUAAGAGUUCUUUUUUUUGUGAACAAGAAAAAGAACAUACGUUCGAUAUAAGCACAUAAAGAAGAAUUAAACAAAAAAAAAAAUUACCAGUAAAUAUAGAAGAAUCUCAUCUGUACACCGGCCUACGCCAGCGCCGCCCCCCUUUUGGUUCCCUGUUGGCUCUCAACAAUUCAUUUAUGCAAUUUUGAGACCAGAACAGAAAAUGGAUUAUAAAUUUCUCGUUUUUAAUGCUGCACGCGAUAACAAUUUGGCACAGUUGAAGGCAACCCUUGCAAACAAAAGUGCCGCCGAAAUUGCCAUACUAAUCUCAGCGAAAGUGAAUGGAGCCACACCGUUGGUCAUAUCGUGUCGCAAUGGACACUACGAUAUUGUAGAAUAUUUAUUGACAAAGUGUCGCGCCAAUGUGCAGCAAGUUGGCUCCGUUAGCUUCGAUGGCGAGCCCAUUGAGGAUGCCCCACCAUUGUGGUGUGCCGCAGCGGCAGGACAUUUGGGCAUUGUCAAGAUGCUGGUGCGUCGGGGAGCGAAUGUGAAUAGCACGACAAGGACAAAUUCGACACCCCUGCGAGCCGCAUGCUUUGAUGGACACUAUGAAAUAGUUAAAUAUCUGGUACAUCAUAAUGCAGAUUUUGAGGUGGCCAAUCGACAUGGACACACCUGCCUAAUGAUUGCCUGCUACAAGGGACACUAUCGCAUUGCACAGUAUUUGUUGUCACUGAAUGCGGAUGUGAAUCGUUGCAGCAUCAAGGGGAAUACAGCUUUGCACGAUUGUGCCGAAUCGGGAUCAUUACAGAUAUUGCAAUUGCUAUUGAAACAUGGCGCCACCAUGGAUGUGGAUUACUAUGGCAUGACUCCGCUGCUGGCGGCGAGUGUCACCGGACACAUGCCCAUUGUGGAGCAUCUGAUAACAUUGCCCUGUGUUAGUCGUGAGGCAAGAAUCGAUGCCCUGGAAUUGCUGGGAGCCACCUAUGUGGAUAAGAAACGUGAUAUUGCCGUUGCCCUGACCUUGUGGCGACGAGCACUCGAGGAACGGGCCCUGAAACCGCCGCUAGAGAAGAAGGUUCAAGAACCAGUGCCAGCCUAUGAAUUGGUCAGUGAAGUGACCAGCAUUGAGGAGCUAGAGGAGUUGGUUUUGGAUCCAGAUGAGAUGCGUAUGCAAGCUUUAGUCAUCAGACAACGUAUUUUAGGUCCAACACAUCCGGAUACCAGUUACUAUAUCAGAUUUAGAGGAGCCCAUUAUGCCGACGCUGGACGUUUUGAUCGCUGCAUUGAGCUCUGGUCAUAUGCUUUGACCAUGCAACAGAAAAUUCUUAAACCCCUCAGCCCCAUGACCCAGUCAUCGUUGCUCUCAUUCGCCGAGCUCUUUAGUUUUAUGCUUGUGGAGGCGGGCCGUUUGCUGCCACGAGGACGUGUAGUGCCGCCCAUUGAGGCGGAUGGCAUGCUGACCAUUUUCCACAAAGCCGUCUUGGAGGUAGAACGGGGUCAGGCCUUCACCUUGGAGCAGCAGCAACAACAGCAGCAACAGGAUCCGGCGGCCAGCAAACAUCUCACACAGUCACCAUCAUGUUCCGCCUCCUCAACACUAGCCACCUCAGCCUCCUUCUCAUCAACGUCGUCAUCGACCUCAUCUUCAUCGACGACGCUUCACUCUGCUCAUCAGCAUGACUGCAAUCAUGAUCCCAAUGCCCUCAGUCGCACCUUGGUGAGUGCCCUACACAUUGGUUGCCUGCUUAGCUCGCUGCUGGAUACGGAGAGCUUCUGUCCGGAUAUGAAGCAUCAGGUGAUGUCUGCAUUAUAUCGACUCAACCGUCUCAAAGUUCAUGUACGCUCCGGACGAACUGCUCUCCACUAUGCAUGCUAUCGCGAGGGAACUCUAGUCGGACGCUAUCCAUCGUGUCAAUUUCCAUCCGCCACCUUGGCCAAGGCGCUACUUGAGGUGGGAGCCGAUCCCAAUGCAGUAGAUGAUGCUGGCAAUACACCAUUGCAUAUGGCGGCCACACUGCAGCCAUAUGUGGAGCCAUUGGCACACACCCUGCUCGAAGGAGGAGCCCAUUUGGAUACGAAAAACGAUGCCGGCGAAACAUUUGAGUCCUUGCUGGCCCCCACACCUUUACACAAAAUCAUUGAUCCAAUGAAGUAUACGACAUUGGCGUGCCUGGCUGCGCGAACCAUCAAACAACAUGACAUCAAGUACGAGCAGGCAGUGCCCGCCGCCCUCUAUGAGUUCAUUGAGCUGCAUUAGGCUUUAAGCUGGAUAAGACGAGAGUCAAUCUCAACUCAAUUUACCCUCAAAACUGACUCACGCACUCACUCACUGACUCGCUCGAUCGCUCAAUCAUUCAAUCACUCACUCACAAAACGCCCGCCCGCCAUCCAGAUCAGAAUCAGAAGCUUACAAAACUACUAUAACUGGGAGAGAUAAUGGAGCUGAUGGGUGCAAGAUAACCGUGAAGUAACAAUGAAGUAGGAGUAAGAGCACGAGGAGGAGUUUAAGGAGGAGAGCGUUAAUUAAUAUAUGACUACGAACUGAUUUGUGAUGUUUGCAAGCAAAGUGCUUUGGGAAUCCGUGAAUUGCGGCAAGAAUGGAUGACCACAUAAAGACGAAGAUUAAUGUUAACAAUGAUAAUGAAUAUAGACAACGAUAAAUACAACAACAAUGAAACAAAGAAAGCAAGAAUCAACGAUAGAGAUGCAAUUUAAAAAUUUGCUUGCUUGCAAAAAAUGUGUUUGGAUUUUGUUUAAUUUAAAUAUUAUUAUUAUUAUUAUUAUUUUAUUGUGUUCUUGCUACUCUAUUUUGUAUGAAUUAUGGAUAAAAUAAUAUUAUAUAAAUGUAUACAAAUGCCACCAUAGCUUGUAUGUGUGUGUUUGCGUGUGUGUGUGUGAGUGUUGUUUCUAAUGUAACAGCUAAACUAUAUACUUCUCCUCAUUAGCUGUUGCAAUCUCACACAGUCACCACACCUGUCACCGGUUUUCAUAUCUACUGACACACACACACACACACACACACACAUGCAUACACUUUGGUCCCUAUUGUAAUGCAUAUUUAGUCUUAGCAAAAGAAAAACAAAAAUGAAAAUAUGAAAAACCCGCCCAACUUCUUAACUGGAUGCCGUUUUGUGCCCUCUCAAGCAAUAAAACGAAAAACAGAGUUUUGGAAAAACAAAAAUGUCA